AUGGGCAGCUAUCAGGAUGCUAAUUACUAUAGAGGUUCUUGGUGCUGUCGGCUAAUUUUAUUUGUCAUCUGGCUUCCUACUUUCUUACAUGUGACAGCACACAUAUCACAUGUCAACCAUAGGCAAACCACUUCACUAGUUGAGUUAGCUAAGGAACCUACUUCUGGAGAUUCUGGGCUCUUUGACCCCAUAGAAAUAUCACCUUCUGUCAUACCUAAAGUUCCAUUUCCCACCGAGUCUGUCCCACCAAUGUAUCCUAUUCCUUAUGUCCCAACCAGAUAUGAACCAGUUUUAACUGGUAAGUGCCCUGUAAACUUUUCACGACCAGAAAUUUCAAAUAUCCUCGAUAAAGCAGCAUUUGAUUGCUUUGGGCCUUUAGCAACCCUCGUAGGGAAUGUUGUAUGUUGUCCACAAUUUAGUAGCUUAAUCCACAUCUUCCAGGGUUUCUUUGGCAUGAAAUCCAAUAAUCUGGUUUUGUCAAAUGCAGUUGCUGAUCAUUGCUUCUCUGAUAUCGUUAGUAUUCUAGCUAGCAGAGGGGCAAAUAGUACAAUACCCACACUUUGUUCUAUUAAAUCAUCUAAUCUUACAGGCGGGUCAUGCCCUGUGAAGAAUGAUUCUACUUUUGAAAAAACAGUAAACACAAGUAAAUUAGUUGAAGCCUGCAGAACUGUUGAUCCGCUUAAAGAGUGUUGCAGACCUGUUUGUCGGCCUGCAAUUAUGGAUGCAGCACUUCAGAUUUCUGGCCGGCAAAUGAUGAUAAAUAGUGACAAUAUGGCCGGGGAAAUGAAUCACACUGAUUAUCUAAAUGAUUGUAAAGGUGUUGUUUAUUCUUAUCUUUCCAAACAACUAUCAUCAGAGGCUGCAAAUAAAGCAUUCCGGAUACUAUCUGCCUGCAAAGUCAACAAAGUUUGUCCUUUGACUUUUAAGGAGCCUUCAGAUGUAAUUGCUGUAUGUAAGAAUGUAGCUGCUCCUAGUCCUACCUGCUGCAGUUCAUUAAAUACAUAUAUUGCAGAGACACAACAAAAAAUAUUAAUUACCAAUAAACAAGCUAUAAUAUGUGCAACACAAUUUGGAUCUAUGUUACGUGGAGGUGGGGUGAUGACAAAUGUUUAUGAGCUUUGUGAUGUCGAUUUGAAAGAUUUCAGCAUACAAGCUAUGCCAGCAUUUGGAGUACAAGAUGCAGGAUGUCUUCUUCGAAGCUUGCCGGGAGAUGUGAUAUUUGACAAUUCAUCUGGCGUUAGCUUUACAUGUGAUUUAAGUGACAAUAUUGCUGCACCCUGGCCCUCAUCAUCUUCAUUUACAUCUCUAUCAUUCUGUGCACCUGAGAUGUCAUUACCAGCUUUACCAAUUUCACAGUCAUUGAAAAACAUUGGUUGUAAUUCUGCUGGAGUGGGUUUCCUUAUUAUAUUUUCAUUUUUUGUCAGUACUGUUGUACUGAGAUUUUAG